UUGCCCACUCCGAAUCUGGAUGGGAAGUUGGGGAAAAUGGACAGGGUCGUGUUGGGGUGGAUGGCUCUCUUCUGCCUAACAGCAGUGGUUGAAGGACUUCAGGUCACUGUGCCUGACAAGAAGAAGGUGGCCAUGCUCUUCCAGCCCACUGUACUUCGUUGCCACUUUUCUACAUCCUCCCAUCAGCCUGCCGUCAUACAGUGGAAGUUCAAGUCCUACUGCCAGGAUCGUAUGGGGGAAUCCUUGGGCAUGUCCUCUCUCCGGACCCAAUCUCUCAGCAAGAGGAACUUGGAAUGGGACCCCUACUUGGAUUGUUUAGACAGCAGGAGGACUGUUCGCGUGGUGGCUUCAAAACAGGGCUCAACUGUUACCCUGGGGGAUUUCUACAGGGGCAGAGAGAUCACAAUUGUUCACGAUGCAGAUCUUCAGAUUGGAAAACUCAUGUGGGGAGAUAGUGGACUGUAUUACUGUAUCAUCACCACCCCUGAUGACCUGGAGGGAAAAAAUGAGGACUCUGUGGAAUUGUUGGUGUUGGGCAGGACAGGGCUGCUUGCUGAUCUCUUGCCCAGUUUUGCUGUGGAGAUUAUGCCAGAAUGGGUUUUUGUCGGCCUGGUGAUCCUGGGAAUUUUCCUCUUCUUUGUCCUGGUGGGGAUCUGCUGGUGCCAGUGCUGCCCUCAUAGUUGCUGUUGCUACGUCCGCUGCCCAUGCUGCCCAGAUUCUUGCUGCUGCCCUCAGGCCUUGUAUGAAGCAGGGAAAGCAGCCAAGGCCGGGUACCCUCCCUCUGUCUCCGGUGUCCCUGGCCCUUACUCCAUCCCCUCUGUCCCUUUGGGAGGAACCCCUUCAUCUGGCAUGCUGAUGGACAAGCCGCAUCCACCUCCCUUGGCACCAAGUGACUCCACUGGAGGAAGCCACAGUGUUCGCAAAGGUUACCGGAUCCAAGCUGAUAAGGAGAGAGACUCCAUGAAGGUCCUGUACUAUGUCGAGAAGGAGCUGGCUCAGUUUGAUCCAGCCAGAAGGAUGAGAGGCAGAUAUAACAAUGCCAUGUCAGAACUCAGCUCCCUUCAUGAAGAGGAUAGCAAUUUCCGCCAGUCCUACCAUCAGAUGCGAAGCAAACAGUUCCCUGUAUCCGGGGACUUGGAGAGUAAUCCUGACUACUGGUCAGGUGUGGUGGGAGGCAGCAGUGGAACAAGCCGGGGACCCACUGCCAUCGAAUAUAAUGAAGAGGAUCAGGACAGCUUCAGGCACAGCCAACAGCGCUCCAAAUCAGAGAUGCUGUCCCGGAAGAACUUCGCCACCGGGGUGCCAGCCGUGUCCAUGGACGAGCUGGCGGACUUCGCUGAUUCCUAUGGGCAGCGCCCUCGCCGUGCCAAUGGCAAUAGCCACGAGGCCCGGGCCGGGAGCCGCUUCGAACGCACGGAGUCGCGGGCGCACGGGGGCUUUUACCAGGACGGCUCCCUGGAGGAGUAUUACGGCCCUCGCAGCCGCAGCCGUAGCCGCGAACCCCUGACCGACGCCGAUCGUGGCUGGUCCUACAGCCCCCCGCGCCGGCGUCCGGCCGACGACGCGCACCUGCCGCGCCUGGUGAGCCGGACGCCGGGCACCGCGCCCAAGUACGACCACUCAUACCUGAGCAGCGUGCUGGAGCGCCAGCCGCGGCCCGAGGCCCCUAGCCGCGGGGGCAGCCUGGAGACGCCGUCCAAGCUGAGCGCACAGCUCAGCCAGCGCAGCGCCUCCUACUAUGCCUGGUCCCCUCCGUCCACCUACAAGGCGGCCGCGCCCGAGGCCGACGACGACGAGGACGACGAGGACGCCGCCGAGGACGCGCUGCCGCCCUACAGCGAGCUGGAGCUGAGCCGGGGGCCGUCCUACCGGGGCCGGGACCUGCCCUACCACAGCAACUCGGAGAAGAGGAGGAAGAAGGAGCCCGCCAAGAAAACGAGUGACUUUCCAACAAGGAUGUCCCUUGUGGUCUGAUGUUCUCUCUGGAACUCUAGAGGACUAGAAAUGACAUGCCGAUGGGCUGAGGACAAGAUACAGCUCUAACAGCCAGCAGGCCCGGGACUUUCUCAGACACCACCUUGGAAGAUUUUCUGCUUUCUAUUUUGGCAAGGGAUAAGGGGCAUCCUUUAAAGGAGGCUGAUGCCAAACCUCAGUGCCCAUCUAACUCACAUGAGAAAUGAAUCAAGAAAACAAGAGACGUGUAAGACCAUCCAUAUUCAGAGUUUCCACCCAGAUCUUGUCCUGCAUACCUCCUUUCUUAGUGGAACCAGGACUCCACAUCCACUUCUAGAAGGCAGUUAGCUCUGAACUACUCAUCUCCAGAAAUGGUCUACACCCACAGUAUGCUUUUCUAAACCUCCUGUGCUAUGCUUAGCCACACAAAUUUAUUACUAUUAGAAGGCCUUCUGUUGAUAAGGGAAGAUUACUUCAAAGUAAAAUAUAUUAUUUAUUCUCAUCAUAUUCCAGUCACCAGUCAACGACUGUUGUUAUACCAAAAUCAGAAGGGCCUUUGGUAAGCUCAAUAAUGGUGACCUCCUGGAUGAUCACUGGAAUGGCUUC